AUGGAUCUUCUCAAUUUUUUUUCCCUUUUUCUUAAAUUUUUUUCUCUUCUAUAUUUGUACGUAUCUAUUUUAUUUCUUACACCAUACUUUUCCAGGAUAAUAUUGCAAGUUCAUCUCCAACCCCAAGAAUUUAUUACAGGGCUAGCCAUAUUUUGCUGUAUGCCAACUACAUUAUCAAGUGGUGUUGCACUUACCCAACUUGCUGGGGGAAAUGCUGCACUGGCUCUUGCAAUGACUGUCAUAUCUAAUUUGUUAGGAAUAUUAAUCGUUCCAUAUUCCAUCACUAAAUUUGUAGCUAGUGGAGUUGGAGUGACUUUACCCACCAAGCAGUUAUUUAAAAGUCUUGUUCUUACCAUACUAAUCCCCCUUAUUUUGGGAAAGGUUCUUCGUGAAUCUUUUAAAGGUGUCGCUGACUUUGUUGACAGAAACCGUAAGCUUUUCUCAGGGAUCAGUGCAUUUUUCCUUAGUCUGGUACCUUGGACACAAGUGAGCAAGUCAAGGUCACUGUUGUUAAUCGUGAAGCCCAAAGUUUUUCUUGUAGCCAUUGGACUUGGAGCACUUCUUCAUUUGACCUUAUUGGUAUUCAAUAGCGUUGCUGUCCAGAGUCUUUCAAUAAUCUCUGGUGGUGAAAAAUCAACUUUUUUCUGUGAAGAAAAUGCCAACGCACUCAUACUAGUUGCAAGCCAGAAAACAUUACCAGUAAUGGUAGCAGUUAUAGAGCCACUUUGUGGUGCAUUUGGAGAAUCCGGGUUACUGGUUCUUCCUUGUAUUGCGACACAUCUAAUCCAGAUUAUUGUGGACUCUUUUCUUGUCAACUUCAUGCGUCGCAAAAACAAUGUCAAGGUGGCUUAG